GUUGUGUGGGGAGAGAAACGUGAGGGAUUUCGCGUCGGACUCGCGCUAUGACUUGAUAAAGUUUUUUGAUCGUCAAUCAUUAUCGGUUUAUGACAAACGAAUUAACGUACGAUGCACAUUUGGCGAGGCAUACGUACAUGACUGAUUAUUAUUCAACCGUAGCGAGAGUCUCGGCAGCGACGGCGACGAUAAGACGCGAAGUCGGAAGCGUGAAGGUAGGGAACAGCUGAUUGGCGAGAGUCUCGGAUAGCUUAGUCGCACCGAGAUCCAGAAUCGGACCAUUUUUUGCCGUCUCUAGUCAAGAAAAAGAAAAAAAAAACGGGCUGUCAUGACGGGUUUUGUUCUUCGGGUGAAGACCAAAUCGGGUCAGAAGAUCGUCAACGGCCUCGCGGCCCAAGACAAGGUGUCGCAGUUGAAAGCGAAACUCGCCGAGCUCACCGGAGUGCCCGUCGGCGCUCUCCACGUUCUCUCUGGCUUCCCGCCGAAGCCUGUCGACUUGGACGCUGCCGAGGCCACGAUCGAACACACUGGCAUCGUAUCCGGCGACACGCUCAUUGUCGAGGAGAAGCAGAUAACAAGCGGAGUCCAGCAGAAGUGCAAGGAUUUCGGUCGAUCUCACAUUGUUGAUCAAGAGACUCUUGUUGAUGUUCCCGGUGUUUUGAUGAGAAAGGUUGUGCCAGCGGACAAUUCCUGCCUCUUCACCAGUGUCGGUUAUGUUCUGAACGGAAAGGUUGACACCAGUUGCGCGACUUUCAUGAGGGAGAUCAUAGCAAACGCGGUUGCGGCUGAUCCGGAAGAAUACUCGGAAGCGAUCUUAGGUAGACCCAAUGCCGAAUAUUGCAAAUGGAUUCUCAAACCCGACUCGUGGGGCGGCGCUAUCGAAUUGUCGAUUCUGUCCAAGUUCUACGGUUUGGAAAUUGCCGUGGUCGACAGCAUCAACGCGAUUGUCAACAGGUUCGGCGAAGAUCAGCAUUACGCACAGCGAGUGUUUCUUAUAUUCGACGGAAUUCAUUACGAUCCGCUUUACUUGGAACAGCUCGACUGCGGCAGUAUUCAGACGAUAUUUCCAGCCGAGGACAAGAGAAUGUUGUCGGAAGCCGCUCAACUCGCCAGAGAGGCAAAACUUAGUCGUCAGUUCACGGACGUGCAGAAGUUAACGCUGAUGUGCAUCGACUGUAAGAUCAAACUGAUCGGACAGAGAGAGGCGCAGCAGCACGCCAAGGACACCGGUCACAAGAACUUCGGUGAAGUAGCGUAACUAGCCUGCAUAAUGUAUAAUCAGAAUCUUGAAUGACUAAAAAAAAAAAAAAAUCUUUAAUCCUAAAUAGUACUGCCUUCAGCAAGUCGCUUCUCCGCUCACAGCAAAAAAGAGAGUUUUUAAACAAAACAAUUUUCCAGUUUAAAUUUUCCUUUCAUUUCCGUUGUUGUGCUAUUACAUAAUACUGAUCCGAGCGAUCGAAAGUUUAGUGUGUUCGAGAAUACGAGAGGACGAAUAGAAAACGUGUGUGUGUGUGUGUGCGUGUGCGUGCGUGCGUGCGUGCGUGUGCGUGUAUGUGAUAUUUUUAUAAAAUCUAUUUAAAUUAUAAAAUUGUAAUAAUAUGCUCUGUGGAUAAUAAAUCAUUUUCGACUGAUAUUCUAUA